GUGUCGUGUGAAAAGUGCAAUCUAACGGAGAGCAUCGACCAGCUGAUGAGCAAUCACUCCAUCCAUGAGGAGGAGAGUAAAACAGAAGCAGAGGAGGGAGAGGUGCGAGUCAGUGUGUCAGAGUUCUCCUCUUUAGCGGCUGGCUCUCUGCUCUACCUGAGCUCUCCUGGCUUGGCCUGCACCGCCGUCACAGAGGGGAGGUGGGGAGAGGAGACCGAGCAUUUCCUGCACAAAAUCACACAUCAUGAGCACCAUGAUCACCACCACGAGGAGGACGAGGCGUCGCACAACGACACACACACCCACGAGGAGGAGCACCAGCAUGAGCGCAUAGACGCUCAUGGUCUGGAGAGUCUGCUUCGAGGGCUCGAUGAGCACUACAAGCCCUCACGCAACGAGAGCUGUGUUACACCCAGCGCCAUCAUGGCAGCAGUGAAUGCAUCAUCAGCAGGCGCCAGUGAGAUCGAGGUGGGUGCAGUGAUGGGGCGCGUCCUGUAUCACGCCUUGCAGGGUCACUGCUUCAUAAACCGUUUCCUGCCUGAGGAGAGCUACUUCCUGGACUACAUCAUGCAGCGUAUCGGCUCCGAGGAUUUCACCAUCCACGACCUGGAGGCUCUCAUGAGGAGCCUGAAGCUGGGUCCUAGCUUGGAGAAGGAGCACGAACACGAGCACAAGCACCAUGAAGACGAGCACCAUGAAGACGAGCACGCUGAUCAUGACCACAGCGAUCAGAGGCGGAGGAAGAGAAGUACCCAUGAACACCAAGAGGAACACAGGGGAAACAACACAGAAGCCCCGUGUUUCUCAGCUGAGGAGCUGGUGCUGAUCCACGGUAUGGAGAACAGUUCUGCUGCCUCUUCCCUGGAUCGAUCCGACUUGGCCCGGCUCAGCCCUGCGCUGGUCCAGCAGAUCCUGAGUGGAGCCUGUGUUGGCGACACAGAGCGUCCACAGCCCAAUGAGCUUACCACAGCUGAGAGAUACAUCUACGCGACCAUAGCCAACAUGGUGAUAACGCUGACGUCCAUGUUCGGCAUCGUGGUGCUGCUGUGUACGUCCUGCACCGACGUCUUCCAGCUGAGCAUCCAGUUUUGCAUUAGCCUGGCUGUGGGUACACUCACAGGGGACGCCUUACUGCACCUGAUGCCCAUGUUUCUAGGCUUACACGUGCACUCCAGCGAAGGCGGCAGUCACCAAGAUCACAAUCACAAGGAUGGCAGUCACGACUACAUAUACAAGAUAUUGGUGGUGCUGGCUGGGAUUUACUACUUUUACCUGAUGGAGGCAAUCUUCUCUCUGGUCACACGGAAAGAUAAUCAUUACCAUCAUCCUCAUCAUCACAGGGAAGAGUCAGAGCCGCACCACUGUGACCAUGGAAGAGUUUUAGAGAUGUACCAACAGAAGAAGAAACAACAAAAAUCACAGUCACCAUCAAAAACAGACCUCGUUGACUGUGAAGACGACAACAGAUCAUUUCCAAAGCCAACAGAGCGCAGCAGAGAACAGCGUCUGCUGCCCUACAUGAUCACUAUAGGCGAUGGGAUCCAUAACUUUGCCGAUGGUUUGGCGAUUGGUGCGGCUUUCUCCCUGUCAUGGAGGUCUGGUUUGGCCACAUCAGUAGCUGUACUCUGCCAUGAGCUACCACAUGAGCUGGGUGACUUUGCCAUUUUGCUCCACAGUGGUCUGUCAGUCCGCCGGGCUUUGCUGCUGAAUGUUGGCAGUGCCAUGACCUCGUUCGUGGGCCUGUACAUUGCUCUGUCUGUGGCCACUGACCUUGCCACCAAACAGUGGAUAGCUGCUGUCACUGCAGGGCUUUUUCUGUAUGUGGGACUGGCUGAUAUGCUCUCCACCAUGGUUCACUCCAGCAACAAGAGACCCUGGUUGAUGUUUCUGUUGCAAAAUAUCGGCCUGCUGAGCGGCUGGGCCAUCCUGUUGCUGCUGUCGCUGUUCGAAGACAAGAUAGGCCUUUAAUACAAGGACACUGGAACAGACACACACGCACAAAACACAAUGGUCGGCUCGGUGGAUUUCUCUUCCUGCUGGUGUAAUCACUAUAGAUAAUUUUUUUUCUACCUUUAUUUAACCAGAUAAAACUCAUUGAGAUAAAAUGGAAUCUCUUUUUCAAGAGUGACCUG